CACACAUAGACGAUCUUCGGCGGAGCUAGCCUGCUAACAGCUAGCUGAGAGAGACGCCAUUAGCUGUGUGAGAAGCAGAGAGUCGCAGCAGCAGAAAGAGGAAGUAGCUCCGUGUUGAGACCCGGUUACCUCACACCUGUUGGUUCAUACUGAUAACACUCACACUCGCUUAUGCUGUCGACGCCUUUCUCUCCGUGUUUGAGCUCCUUGUUUAGAGCCGGAAGCUGAUGUGAAGCUACGCAGGAGAUCCGUUCCGAUCAUCGGGUUAGCAUUAGCAUUAGCAUCGCUAGCUUGAUAAUAAGGCUUGUUGUGAUAUUAAAGGACUCGUCCAGUGAGUCGAACCCCGAACCCCGAACCCAGCCAGCAGCCAUGGCGGCCCGGCCGGGAGGCACGGGGGCGGCCGGCAGGACCUACUCCUUCAAGGUGGUGCUGCUGGGUGAAGGCUGCGUGGGGAAGACGUCGCUGGUGCUCAGAUACUGCGAGAACAAGUUCAACGACAAACACAUCACAACCCUACAGGCGUCCUUCCUCACAAAGAAGCUCAACAUCACAGGAAAGAGAGUGAACCUGGCCAUAUGGGACACAGCAGGUCAGGAGCGUUUCCAUGCGUUAGGUCCCAUCUACUACAGAGACUCCAAUGGAGCCAUCCUAGUGUACGACGUCACAGACGAAGACUCCUUUCAGAAGGUGAAGAACUGGGUGAAAGAGUUGCGGAAAAUGUUGGGGAACGAGAUUUGUUUAUGUAUAGUAGGUAAUAAAAUUGAUUUGGACAAAGACAGACAUGUUUCAGUGGAAGACGCUGAGAGUUAUGCCGAGUCGGUGGGAGCCAAACAUUACCACACAUCAGCCAAGUUAAAUAAAGGCAUCGAGGAGCUUUUCCUGGACCUCUGUAAACGGAUGAUGGAGACGGCUCAGGCCGAGGAGAGGUUGAAGGGCAACGGAGCCAGCCAAUCAGCAUCGAGUAGGCGGGGCGUACAGAUUGUUGACGACGAACCACAAGCCACGCCCGCCGGAGGAUGCUGCUCUUCUGGCUAACACACACACACACACACAUGCUUGCAGACAUCAUAUUCACACACACAUUUUCUCUGUUGCUCUAAAUAAUCCCAGCUGUUCAUUCAGCGCCGCCUCUGCUGCUAAGGAGCAUGGGAAAUCCUAUUUAAAAUGGUUUAAUCACUGUUCCCUCCAAAAUAAAAGUAACUCAUGAUCAAAAUGAGCGUUUAAAUUUGACGAAAAUCACUUUUUUAGCACUUUAAUUACUAUAAUUUCCUCCAAAAGCAGCGAUUAACAGUUUAUACUCCCCCAAAGAAAGGCCACUACACGUCCAAUAUAUAUAUACAGCUGGUUUUGUGUGUUUAAUACAUUAAUGAUAAAAGAGCUGAAGUAACUUUGAGGACAUGAAAUGGCGGCAGAGAUUUAUUGUGUUUUGGGUUUUUUUUGGUGGGAAUUUCUCGAGGGAUAAAACGUUCAAACACACACUGUAUAAACCUCCAUUAACCAUCAUAUUUAUCUAAAAAUAUAAACAUGUUUUCACACCCAGAGGAGCAGGAGACGGACAGUUUGUGGUGAAAUGGCACCACCUGCUGGACAAAACAUUAAAGGACAGAUUUAUUCAAGUUUAUCUUAAUGCACUCACAUGACGUAUGUGCAGAAAAUACUUCACGUUGGCCUCUUCCUGACACAAAUAAUCUGUAAGAAAAGGAGGUUUUUAAAGUUCCUCUUAAAGAGAUAGUUCAGAUUGAAGUGUGGUUGUAUGAGGUAUUUCUCCAUAGUCAGUGUAUUACCUACAGUAGAUGGAGUUUGCAGAAACAGACAUGAAUACAGGGAACUGAAGCCAUUGUCUAUGCUCUCUUCAUUUUACCCAUCAGAACAGGGGACUUGCUGGUCUACCGCUACAUCGGUCGGUUAGUAUGUGUGUGUUAUUGUGUGACUAAAGGGUCAAUUCGGUUCACCGAAGUCACACAAUAACACAAACUAACUAUCUGAUCGAGGCAGCGGUAGACCAGCAACUCCUGUGUUCUGAGAGGUAAAAUGACUGUUUUUGUGAAUGGAGUCUGGUGGCGUUAAAGAGAGCAAUAUAACAGCUUCAGUUCCCCGUAGUCCUGUCCGUUUCUCCAAACUGAUCGCCAUCUACUGUAGGUAAUACACUGACUAUGGAGAAGUACUUAACACAACCACACUUCAAAACACCUGGAGUAUCCCUUUAAAGUUAAUAUGAGGUUCAACAGUCUGAUUUAGACAAACCAGGUGAGCGUCUUCAUCCUGGGAGUUGUGUGAACGUUACUGCUGGUGUUUAAUCCCGGAAACAAACUGGAAGAAAACAGUGUGUGUGGAAACAAAAAGUGUUUCUUUUUAUGCUAAAAGAACAACUUCACUCAGACUGUUGAAGCCUCAUUUCACUUUUUACACAGAAUGGAGAAUUUAUCCUCCAUCUCUGAUGACAGGAGAGAUCAAUAAUUCUUUAAACUAACCUCCCAGGAACAUAAACAAAAAUCAUUAGAUUAAAUAGAUAUAGACAGAUUCAAUUGAGUGUCUGUAAAAUGAUUUUUCUGAACAUCACAAAAGGUCCAAUAAAAAUGUGUCUAGAGUUCUAGAAGAGAUGCAUCAGUAAAUUAUUUUCCUAAAACCUCCAUCCUGCUGUGAACACACACACACACACACACACACACACACGCCUUGUGAGUGUUGUUAAUAUAAACUGGAGAAAAAUCUCAAUUUGUCCUUUAAUCUGAGCAGUUUACUCUUAAAUAUUAAAUACAAAUAAAUAUAAUUCAAUUAAUCCGUCACCAAGAACCUGGACUUCAGUCAGAGCUGCACAUUUAAUAAACAUAAUUAUAAAACCUGAAAAUUAAAAAUGUUUCCAGUUCGAAAGAAGCUGCAGGUGAUUUAUGGUGAAAGCUAAAAGUAUAAAAUAUGAUCAUUUAAUAAAUGAAGAGUCAUACACUAACAAUAAAAACAACAGGAAAACACAACCGUUGAACCUGAUUUUUUUUUAUUUGUUAAAAUCAAUUUUAGAGAUUAAUAAAACUAUAAAUUAAAAUUAAGCACCUCAGUUUGCUAAACAAUAAAUAUAGAAACAUUCAUUAAAAUGUCUGUAUUUAACAGUUCAGUAUUAUUUAUUUAAAACCUGAAGAUAUUCACUCAACGAUAUAAAACUGAGAAAAACUACUGAUUAAUUUCCUUCCAUCGAUUAAUUGAUUAAUCAUUUUAGCUCGACUGUAAAUUUAAAUAAUUUAUCUUCACGUCAAAACAAAAAAAUUAGAAAUCAAGAAGUAAAACAGCAAAUCUUAAACAGAACAAAACUGAAGUACUGAUCAAAAACUGACAGCUGUAAUAUAUUAAUAUAUAAUAAGUCCAUUAUUGAAACAAUAAUAACAUGUCAGAAAAUAGUGAAAAUAUCUUAAAAUUAUCCAAAAACUCAAAUAUUCAGUUAACAAAGAUAUAAAACACAGAAACUAAAACCAGAGAAUCGAUUAAUCGUCAAAUAAUUCAUCAAAAACAUUUCUGUCGAUGAACUAACUGAUUGAUCUGUUUCUGUUUAUCUGGAUUUUUGGUCUGUAACACAUGAAUGUUUUUUUGUUCAUUUAUUCUUAUGAUUUUCAGGUAUUUAAUAAUGGAUUCAUUAAGUAAUUGUUAAGAUAUAUGAUGUCUUCAAAUUGUUGUUUUGUCCUCGAAACCGCAAAAUAUUUAAUUUACAAAGAUAUAAAACAGCUGGAAAAAUUUGAUUAUUAUUGACAUUUUACUGAAAAAUGACUUAAAACAAUUAAAAUUCUUGUCAAUUAAUUCUCGUUGUAAUCGAUUAAUUCAGCUCUAAAUAUAAUAAUGGCUUCCUCAGAAUUGUGCAGCUCAGAGUUCAGCUCCUUCCUCCUUCUCCUCUUCCUCUACAUGGUUUUUAACACACAAACACACACACACACACACAGAUAAAUAAAUAUACCGUGCAUGUUUGAUUUCUGUAAAAGGCUUUUUUCUGUUUAACUUUUAAAAGAAAUGGUGAAUAAAAAACCUGAACGGCGGAUUAUUUAAUAAGUUAUAUUCACGUGGCGGUGAUGGAAAUCUGUACAUGAACAAAGUUUUCUGUGUUCUCUCUACUGUGUACUUUUACUGUUGUUUUCCAGCGAGCCUGUAGCUCCAUUAAUCUCUCUGCUUACUGAAAACAGAAAACUACAGUGACGUUGUACAAAAACAAAAACAUAUACGGGACGUUUUAUCGAUGCACAUAGAAGAUGAAGAAGAAGAAGAAGAACUAAACGCUGUCCCGUCCUCUUCAUUAUGGAAUAAUGGAAAUAUAAUGAAAAUAUAUAAUGUGGUUGAAAAGGAAAAAAAUCAGCACACUUUUUGGAAAUGUAAUUUUUUAAACUGCUAGUGUCAAAAGUGUUUUGUAAAGAUAAUAGAACAAUUAUAACGAUUUACACAACGCA